GUGGCGUUCCCACCCCACCGUCCACCUCUCUCACCCGUCAGAUCAUCAGGCUCUCGUGCUCCCCGCCGCCUCUCUCUUCAAAGAAAAUAAAUAAAAGAACCUCCCCGUCGUCGACCCAAGCAGCACAAGCCACGCAACAAUUUCCCCACCGCUACCUCGAUCAACCGCGCUAGGGUAGAGGCUCCGCAAGAACAAGCAGUCGGUCGGAGAUGCCGAAGAACAAGGGAAAGGGAGGCAAGAACCGGAAGCGUGGCAAGAACGAGGCGGACGACGAGAAGCGGGAGCUGGUGUUCAAGGAGGACGGGCAGGAGUAUGCGCAGGUCACCCGCAUGCUGGGGAACGGCCGCUGCGAGGCCCUCUGCAUCGACGGCACCAAGCGCCUCUGCCAUAUCCGGGGCAAGAUGCACAAGAAGGUGUGGAUCACCGCGGGGGACAUCGUCCUCGUCGGACUCCGCGACUACCAGGACGACAAGGCCGACGUCAUCCUCAAGUACAUGAACGACGAGGCGAGGCUGCUCAAGGCCUAUGGGGAGAUUCCCGACACCGUCAGGCUCAACGAGGGUGUCAUCGACGAGGAGGACGCCGGCGCGCAGGACGACUACAUACAGUUCGAGGACGAGGACAUCGACAAGAUCUGAUCAACCCCCGCGUCGAUCAAUCCCUCCCUCGGCCGCCGCGGCCGGCCAUGGUAAUUGGUAUACAGAAAACAAUCGCCAUAUGAUUCUGUUGUUGUGAUGAUUAUGCUUGUCUUCGUGACUAGAAAGAAAAUCUGCGACGAUAGUCCUGUUGGUGGUAUUGUCAUGUGUGUGAUGCUGGUGGUCAGGCCUGUGUAAAAGGAUUUGGGGGCCAUUCUGCCAAAUAAUCGUGGGUCCAAGUUAUAACAAUAAUGGAAUUCAAUCAAAUUCCUCUGUUUAUGUAA